CAGGAGUACUACAAGAAGCAGCAGGAGCAGUUGCAUCUCCAGCUUCUGACUCAGCAGCAACAACAGCAACAACAGCAGCAGCAGCAGCAACAGCAGCAACAGCAGCAGCAGGCCGGGAAGCAAGCAGCAAAAGAGCAGCUAGGCAGUAAGCAGUUGGCCUUCCAGCAGCAGCUGAUCCAGAUGCAGCAGCUCCAGCAGCAGCACAUCCUCAACCUCCAGAGACAAGGCCUGGUACCACUGCAGCCCACCGCCGCCAUGCAGUCUCUGCAGCAAGCGAUGUGUCCGUCAGACCUCCAACAGCUGUGGAAGGAGGUGUCGGGGGUGCAGAGCAGUGAGGAGGCCCUGAAACAUGCCGAGGGCCUGGACUUGAGCACCAACAGCUCUAACUCUACCUCAGCCUUCCCCAAAGCUGCCAGUGCUCACAUCCCACUGCACAGCCUGGUCAACGGACAGAGCCACACCCCAAAGAGAGACAGAGCCCGACUGUUUGAGUGGAUAUCCUCCUUCACCAAGGCAGACAUUGGAGAUGAACAUGUCCCCCUUUACUCCAAAAGUGGCCACACCCCCAGCAGCCAUCAUGAGGAGCAUGCCGGCUCCCAUCCUCUCUACGGCCAUGGAGAGUGUAAAUGGCCUGGCUGUGAAGCACUGUGUGAGGACAUGGGACAGUUUAUCAAGCACUUGAACAAUGAGCACGCCCUCGAUGACCGCAGCACUGCUCAGUGCCGAGUCCAGAUGCAGGUGGUCCAGCAACUGGAAAUACAGCUGUCAAAAGAGAGUGAGCGACUUCAGGCCAUGAUGACCCACCUGCACAUGCGCCCCUCAGAGCCAAAGCCUUUUAACCAACCUCUGAACCUGGCUUCCGGUGGCUCUCUGUUAAAGCGGGACAGCGAUAUGUACCCAGAGGGUCUUGGUCACCCCCCCACCUCAGCUGCCGCCCCAAUCACCCCAAUGCGCCAGGGCCCCUCAGUCAUCAGCUCCUCCAGCCUGCACUCACACUCCCACUCCCACUCGCACGGGGUCGGGCCCAUACGCAGGCGCAACUCCGACAAGUACUGCACCCCCAUCGCCUCAGAGCUGGCUCAGAACUGUGAGUUCUACAAGAACGCUGAUGUCAGGCCUCCUUUUACUUACGCCUCUCUUAUACGCCAUGCCAUACUGGAGUCCCCAGACAGACAGUUGACUCUCAAUGAGAUCUACAACUGGUUUACACGGAAGUUUGCCUAUUUCAGGAGAAACACAGCCACAUGGAAGAAUGCUGUGCGCCACAACCUGAGUCUGCACAAAUGUUUUGUUCGCGUUGAGAACGUGAAGGGAGCUGUGUGGACUGUGGAUGAAGUUGAAUACCAAAAGAGGAGACCACCAAAGAUGACCGGAAGUCCCACUCUGGUGAAAAACAUGAUUUCAGGCCUCGGCUUUGGAUCCCUAAACGCCAGCUACCAGGCGGCUCUGGCAGAGGGCAGUCUGUCCCUACUGAGCCCCUCCAUGAUGUCCCCCUCUGCGGCCAGCCUCAACAUGCUGCAUGUGGGCCACGAUGAUGUCAGCUCCACUGUGGAGCAGGUCAACAGCAACGGCAGCUGCAGCCCCACGCUCAGCCCUCACCAGUACAGCCACCAUGUGCAUGUGAAGGAGGAGCCCACCGAUCUGGAGGAGGACAUCCGGUCAGUAUCUCUCCUGUCCGGCGCCACACACAGCCUGCCGUUGCCGAGCGACGAGCGCGACCUGGAGGAGGAUCUUCCCACAGAGGAGCUGGAGUAGAACAGAUGCCCAUUGGACCGGAGGGAAAUCACUCCCUGAACCCUCUUGUCAGCGUGAAGAGGAAACGAUAGCUACAGUACACUUAAGAGAGAAAAAAGAGAAUGUUUUUUUUUGUUUUUGAGAAAAUGCAAGCAACCAAGGACAACAUUGAGAAAAACUCCAAACAGGGUUAGAUCUCCGUUACUCGUAAGGCGCUAAAACAAGACAGUGGAACACUGCUUUACCUCCAUGUGUUUCUUUUACAACACUUGGCUCAGAGGUGUAACACCACUUACCGCGUAUACACAACACAAAAAACACUUACACACACACACACACACAAAAUCACUUGUCAAACAUUGUGUCAUCAUCCUCCCUGGUCAGCCUCUGUGUAGAGACCCUCAGAGGUUUGGACACACACUCUUCUCCUUGCCCGACCACUCUGCAAACCCCCCCACUCGCUGUUGUCCCAGGCUGCCUGGCUAGCUGUUUUAUUUUUACGUCAGUUAAGAAGCCACACAGGUGUGCGAGUGUGUGUGUGUGUGUGUGUUUGACAGAGAUAGACACACACAGGAUAAUGUGUAUAUAUAUUUGGAGCAGUCACCAGGGGCUGUGCAGUACACCUCUCCUUUUUCCCCCUCCUUGAGUCAAUCACUUGCAUUUUCAUUAUUUUUUUUUUUGAUUGAAAUGAAACUGUCGGGCUUCAAGAUGGGAAGGGAGGAGGAGCGCUUUCAAAGAUUACCUCCAACAGUGCUCCGACACUUCUGCAGAGCAGGCGAGGCUGUGGCCCGGGUCUCUGUCUAAACUUCUGCCCCCCCCGAACACCUUUUUAACUCUUUGCUUCUGAGUAAAAAGAAAUGUUCCUUACCCCACCUCAAUCCCUUCCCAUCCCUACCCCAAAAAGACUGCAGGAAUAGGACCAUUUGGUGCUGUCCUUCUCCUCCGCUCCGUCUGCGGAUGGAGCGAUGAGCUCGGAACACUUUGAGAAUGAGAAGAAAGGAGGGGACCAGAGAAAAAUGAGGGAGGAAUCGUCUACAGAAAAAUUGUGACUUCAAAAGAAAACUGGUCAUGAUUAUGGAGUAUAACAAGAAAAAAAGUGUGGUAGCUUUUGUCAUUUCCUUUUUUAUUUGAUGUUAUUAUCAUUGUUUAUUUUUGAGGAUCAAUAUUUCCAUGGUGGCGUUCUGUUUCAACGUACCUUUUCUUAGGAUGCUGUUUUUGUUUUUGUAUUGUAAAUUGUUUGAUUUAUUCUGGCUGUUCACACCAUUCCAAAUGAGUAUUGGCAACAACAAAAAAAGAAAGCGCAGUAUUGUCCCAACUUGUGAUACCCGACCCCCGCUCCUGCCCCUCUCCCUUUCUGUCCCAAGUGUAGCAGGCAAGAAAUAUGGAAAUAGCACUUAAAGUUGCCAUUAUCCAGACAUUAUUUAACAGCUGAACCUUUUUUUUAAUUUGUAUUCUCUCUCUUUCAUUUGUUUUUGGUUGUGUAUUUAGUUGAGAAAUAUCAGUAAUGCUUUAAAAAAAAUAUAUAUUAUUACUGCAGUGAGAGAAUACCUCAUCCCACAAAGGUUCUGCCUGGAACUGUGUCCAAAUUGAUAAACAAAAAGGGGGAAUUCUUUCUGUGGGACACCAAAUGCGGCAACUCUGCUCAGCUUCGAUUCAAAGCUCUAUGGUUGUAAUAGUUACUGUGUAGAAGCUAUCUGCAAUUCACUGUGUGAGUUUGUGUUAAAGGAAUAGCACGUGAGAUUUUUUGUUUUUGUUUUCCGUGAGCAUAAAAAGCAUUACUUUUCUCUACAGUGCCAUACCAAAUUUAACAUUUAUUUUAAACUAUUAUCUGCUUAUUCCCAUUUUAUUUUUGUUACAGGUAACCAAAGAAAUAUGUAGAAAACCAAAAACCCUGUAGUUUAUUUUGCCCUUAUGAGUUUCCUUUUUUUUUCUUCUUAAAGAAUUGGCCAAAAGACAACAAACCAGGAGUUUGAAUUCUUAUUAUUGUAUUCAUAUAAAUAUUGUGUCGACAUUUUCCAUAAUUUACAGUGCUGACCAUUCCGAAAACCAAAGUGUGUGAAGCAAACUAGGACUCGGAGAUGAUAAACGGUUACGAAUGACUCACAUUAGGUAUGAGGCCAAAAACUAGUAUUAACAAACCUCGCACAGUUCCUCUGAAAAAACUAAAAGAAAGAGAAAAGAAAAAAGCACUUAGAGGUGAAACCCUGUCUCUCCCACUCUCAGGCUAAACUGUGUUCCAAACACAACCCGACUGGCCCUACUGCUGUAAGAGCAGGCCUAAAAAUUAGGCACUCGUGAGGCAUUUGAACACUUUCCGCUUAACAGGAUACUUUUUCUGGUGCUGUCCUAACAAACAUUUGGAGUUUUUCAAUCUAGGGAACAAACAUAACCCUGUUGAUCUGUAUGUAAUAUUUGCAGAAAGGGGAAGUGUACUGGACACAAGUCACAUCUUUGAAGGAGUUAUUCCAAAAACAUACAUUAUUUAAUAAAGAGGGAACAAGUAAAAAAAAACAUGCCAAUGUAAGAGGAAAACAACCAAGGGACAUCAUGUAAUUGAAAGUUGGGUUCAUAUUUUCUUACUUUUUGUCAAACUAUCUCUUGCACUUCAGACGAUUUUCUCUUAUUUAAUGAAAGAACCUUUCCGAUGACUUUGUGUUCAAACAGGACUGUUUCCUGUCACAUUAGAGACUGAUUUCUAACAAAGUACAAAGUGGCAGACAGACAUCUUGAAACGAGAUAAAAAACCAAAAAUAACACUACCUCCUUUUCAAAACGGUUCAACACAUAGCCAAUGGGAGACCGAACUAAAAUAUUUUUUUCCUCCAUUCUUACUCGAUGAUUAUAACAAAUGCCAAAAUUGUUGUUAGACAUUACUGUAUGACUGACAAGAGAAAACAAAGCUAUUUGGCGAUCUGGACUCCCUAACACAUCUGCUCGAGCCCAAAAACAUAGAGACGUUUCACUUUCCAUGGAAUUAAAAAAUGACUACCUCUCCUUAAACCACAUCUAAAGCACUCUCUACGUCUCUAAGUGUGUUGUGAAGUGCUCGAUAUAUGAAACUGUUUUUUAUCAGCUGACCAUAUUCCUGCAUCGAUUAGCUCUGAUCUAAGUGAACAGCCUCUCACUGUGUGCUCUGACUGAACAUGUGCAUAUUCAUGAACAGAAAAUGGUUGUUAAAACACACACAGGAGUAACAGAGGCUUAGAAGCGGGGCUGUGGGUUAGUGCAACAGAGGCUCUAACCAUCCAGAUAUCCAAAGACCCUCAACACAGCGGCAGCCGCUUCGCCAAAACACUCAGAGAUGCUGAGAGGACUAACACACACUUAAAGAAACUCAUCACUACUACUAGUAAUAUCCAAACCCAGAGGAACUGCUGCAUACAGUACAUAGAUGAUCUCUGACUUGUGCUUUAAGGUACACCUGUAAACAAAGCUGUUUUAUAAAGAUGUAGAUUGUUCACAGGUCGUCAUGUUACACUUCUGUUCUUUCUCCAGCUUGGCAUAACAUGUUGUAUUCUUGUAUAUUAAUGCUUGACUUAUCUCUCCAGGGCAUUCUUUCCCGUUUUGUCCUUUUGAUUUUUCUGAUCUCCUGUUUUUAUUUUCCGCACCUGUUUAGCUAUUGUAAAGCUUUCAGCUCUGAUUCCUAUACUGUACUGCUAAUGCUGAAGUAUAUGUAUUUUUCAUAUUAAGUGCUGCAGGUAUCUUGGUUUAUUAGUUUUCGUUUUGUUUGUUUCCAUUUUUUCAGUUCUUCAUAAAACGUCUGGGACGCUGAUUUUUUAAGUGUAUUAUCUCAAAAAAAAAUUAAAAGAAUAAAAGUUAGAUCAGUGGUUUAGGUAACACCUGUUUGUAUAUUUAUCUUAGCUAGGUCUAUUUUGAUACUUUUUUGUCUCUGUACUGCAUUUAUGCAUUUUUAAGGAAAGAAAAACAAAACAAAUGGAAAACAAACUAAAAAGUUACUUCAUUAUGUAUUGAUACCUCAGAAGGACUUUUUCUCAAAGACAGGACCAAAAUCUCUGAAAAGAAAAAGAGAAAGAGGAAAAAAUGUAUGAAUAUGUAGCCCCUCUCUUGCUUUAAAAAAAAUCGCGGAGCUCUAGAAAGAUAUUGCUGUUGGUCCUCUCAGGUGCCAAUAUGUGUCCCAGCUCCCUGUGACCCCUCCCUCUGACCCCUGACCCCUGUCAUUCCUGUGCUGAACCCUGACCCGCAGAGCUGCCAAUCAUCUGCAGGCGCCAUGGGGGUGUCACUGAGUCACACACCUGGCUGGUGGUGACCAGUCACAGACCCCAUCUCCCAGUCCCAGAGGCAGAUCAAAGCCCGACACUGUUGCAUUUUUGAUACUCCUCCUCAUGUGUAGUCUCAAUACCAAAAUGUGGAAUGGCUCUCAGAGAUGCAGCUUACCCUCUGACUACCAAAGGCAUUGAAGGCAACCAUUUGCUUAGUCCAAACUCCUGAACUGUAACCAAACUGUAACCAAACCAAUGCCACAACUUUAACCAAACAAAAACCAAGCUACUUCCAAAAGUAUCCAUGGACUUCACUGAUAGCUGUUAUCUCGUACAUCGUAAAGGUGUUGUAGGAGCAGCCUGCAUCCUAUUGGCUGGUGACUGACUCAAAGGACACGGGGAGCCCAAAUCCUGACUUGUGAUUGGACAGUUCUGAGGUGUCAUGUGAGGGGGGAAGGGACUCUCGAAGUGGAGCAUUGCCUGGUGGUAUUAUCACGUAGAUAGCCAGAAUCCGAUGGAACUACCACUUCAGCUCUCCUCUGGUUAAACCUAAGGAAUGUGUGUACAUUUUCAGCAGUGACUCUGUAUUGUUUCUUAGUUUCAGUUUACCUGUUUACCUCUCUUUUUCCUUUGGUUUUUGUUCUGUUUCUUGUUAUUUGAAAGUGUGACCCGAGGAAGAGGUGGGGACAGGGACUGGGCGGCAGCUUUAGACAGAAAGUGGAGCCCAGCCCUCUGACCCUCCCCCCCGGGCAGCCAUGUAAUGCCAGUCACUGCCCUUUCCUUCAUGCUGUAUAAAAAAACACACACAUAUAUCUGUGUAUUUGUAACCUGAAUCUUCUUGUGUCUGUCCAUGCAGACAAUAAAAAAACUGUACAGUAGGUCUAGUUGCAUGUAAUCUGUACUAAUUAUUGACAAUGGCAUUAUAAAAUGCAAUAAAAUACUUAUUACACUGUC